AUGCCCUCCUCCUCCUCCUCCCCCCAAACAGACCCCCACCCAGGCCCCCUAAACUACAUCGCCGGCUUCCUCCUCGUCGGCCUGGCCUGGGGCCUGACGACGCCCUUCAUCCGCCGCGCCGCCAAGACGCACACCCCGCCGCCACACCCGUCCCUCGAGCGGGCCCGGGCCGCCGCCUCGUCCGCAUCCGCGUCCUGGGCCUUGGGGCCCCGGCUGCGCGCCGCGCUCCUGGCCGCCUGGUUCGGCGUCGCGGACCUGCUGCGCAACCCGCGCUACGCCGUGCCGCUGCUGCUCAACCUCACGGGCAGCGUGUGGUUCUUCCUGCUCAUCGGCAAGGCCGAGCUCAGCCUCACCGUGCCCAUCGUCAACACACUCGCCUUCCUCUUCACCGUCGUGGGCGAGUGGUGGGUCGAGAAGAAGGUUAUCAGCAAAGUUCCUGCUUUUCUUUUCUCUAUCUACUGGGAGAGUGUGUUUCGCUGA